AUGCAAAAGAUGGAAGGUACACAGAAGAAAAAUUAUUACGAUGUGAUAGCUGGUUUAUCAGCAUUUGAAAAAUCAAACGAGGUGACAUUGUCGAUUCAAGAGUUGGAAGAACUGACCUCUACCAAAAAAGAUGAUACAGAGAAAGAUAACGUUGAUUCAAUAACAAAAAAGAAAAUUUUACAAGAAGAUGAAAAGAAAAGUAAAAUGAUAGUGCAUGGUUACUUGGGUGGGAAAGUCGACUUAUCUCAUGCCUCCAACGCUACAUACGAUUUAUCCCAUUGCCUAUUGGGUGGGUUUGUGCCUAAACCGCAAUUGGAGACCUUGUCGAGUGUUGAUUUUGCAAACUAUUUCCACAGAAGUUUAGAAUGUGAGAAUGCCUUAGAGGUGUAUGAUUUUCUGGUGGGAAAUGAAUAUAGGCAUGUACAGCAACAACAAUUGAAACAAAAUCAGGAUAGUGAAGGAUAUAAAAGCAAAAAUGAAAAUGCAGUUAGGAAAGUAAUUGUUUGUAAAAAAUGUAAUUCUAAAUUUAAAGGUCAAAAUAGAUUAAGAAUGCUUUAUAACCACAUCUGCAACAGUAAAAUUAACAAAUAA